AUGUUUGAGGCGAUAAACUCAGUAGAUAGCAAGGCCAUUAAGAAGUCUGAAGACCAUGAGAGGGCUAUGCUACUCAUGGAAUACAACAAGGCGCUCAAGGAUUUGAAUGUAGGUUCGUUUCUAAGAUAUAAGGUGAAGCAUGAUGUAAACCUUGGAUUAUACAAAAGAGCGUCAGGGUAUCUCAUAUCCAACUAUACAGCCAAAAAAGCUCUUGAAGAGGUUGAGCAGAAUAUAGAGAGGUACAAACUGUUAAACUAUAGGGAGUCACUAUUUAACAUGGCAAGAAGAAACAUUAUUGAGAGAAAUAACUUUGUACGGGCCAGAAAGCUCCUCAACAUUGCAAGAGAAAAGGGAUUUUUCUGUAAUGAACUGUAUGAGUUAGAAGAGUUAUUGACUACCGAGUGGUAUCCAAAGACAUAG